AAACGCCUGGAACUCGGCGGUGUCUCCCCGAAAUAACGUUGUCCACAGAGGCUCCUGCCCUUCCUGGCUGGAACCGAUGUGGCAGAAUUUCAGUGUCGUGUCUGUCCGCACCUCCCUUCCCAGUAAUGCCCAAGAUGUUGGCAACAGUAAUUUGAAAUUUGAGAGUUACUGUUACAAGCUGACAUUCUUUUUACAUGACUACCCGGCAGCGUUUUGCAGUGCCGGGUAAUUUAUUCGCGGGCGUUUUUACCAGCAAACGAGUCAAUCAAUUAAUGCGGAGGGUUUUUUUUGUCUUUUGUUCUGAACCCGUAACACGGCAGCCCCGUUUGCUGCAAUAUCACUGUUAAGAGAUGCGUAAUAGGCUGCUCUUUUCCUUCUUUUUUUUUUUUUUCUUUCCUGUCGAAAACAUUAACUGUGGAAGAAUGAUGUUCUACUGACAGGGUGUAUUUUUGUUCCCCGCCGCCUCUUCAGAUCGUGUCUAAAUUUAUUUUUGUGUCUGCUUUAACCACUUUCCAAGCAGUAGCCCUGUAAAGAAUUCCAGUUCUCAAAUCUAGCUCGCCUCCCCCAAACAAAAGGAAAUCUCUUUUCCUUGCCUGUGCAAGCGCAAUUAAAAUUUUGUCAAGUUAGAAACCUCUGGUUUUCAUCUACUCUUUACAAAUAUCUCUUUUGUAUUCUUUCUUCUAACUUAUCUUUCUUUUCCUUUUCUCCUAGUUCUCCUUGGAAUUUUCUGUCAGCUAUAGCAAUGUGUAUCUAGUAAUUCAUCUUUAGAGAAUAGAAAAGGCAUCAGCUGUAGGUAUAGAGAUCUUCUUUGGAAAUGGGGAAACCUGUGGGAGAGAACUGGGAGUGAAAACAAGUAAAACCCUGUUCCUAUUACUCAUGUUACCGUCCUAUUCCAACAGACCCUUACCUGGGAGGGAAUUCACCCUUGCCACCUCCUGUGAGUGACAGGAUGAGAAAGAGACGGGCUUUUGCUGAUAAAGAGUUGGAGAAUAUUAUGCUAGAGAGAGAAUAUAAAGAGAGGGAGAUGAUGGAAGCUGCACAAGCAGCUGCCCUUUUUCUCCCUAACCGCGUGGUGCAUGGAACUGAAUACAACUCGUAUAAAACAGCCUUCAACACUACUCAGGUUGAUACUCCUAACAAGGAGCUUUGCAAUUUUUUACCAGCUUGCCUUGAUCUAACCAUGCAGUACUCAGGAUCCAGCAACAUGGAACUAAUUUCUUCAAAUGUCAGUGUAGCUACUACCUACAGGCAGUAUCCCCUGUCUUCUAGGUUCUUAGUGUGGCCAAAAUCCAGUCCCAUUAGUGAUGCUCUCCUUUACCAGCAGUGCCUGUUAAAUGCUACUACUGUCCAAGCUCUCAGACCGGGGGCAGGUUGGGAUGCCAAGAUCUCACAAAGUCAGGACUGUGCAAACACUGAGCACAAUAUCAUGUCUCCGAAACUGGAAAAUUCACUUAUUCUGACCCCUAUGCAAGAUGUUCAGCAGUCGUGUAAUGAUAUGCCAUGCCUUCCUCAGGAAGCUCGUGAGAGGUCAGCUUUUUCUCCUCCAAAAAGGACCUUCUCUCAGAUUUCUGAGAAGGAAUCUCUGGCUCCUCAGGAACAGGUAUUAAGCAAGAUCAACAAAGACAGUACCAAGCCCACUGCACUGCUCAAAUACAAUCCGUUUCAGUCACUCUUCCACCAAACAUUUCCUGACAGGUCAGGAACAGAGUUGAGAACAUCAUUUGUGAAAGAGACUUUUGAAGAUGCUUCUAAGAAAUACAGAGAAUCUGCUAUUAAAGAGAAUCAAAAAUACAAGUUUACAGUAGACAAAUGCACGAGAGACUUCUUUGGGGCUAAACAGGCCACAACAAAACUUUCAGCAACUGAGCCACUGUCAUUCUCAGUUGAAUCCAUCCUUAAACGUCCUUCAUCUGCAGUUGCUAAUGUCUCUCAAUGAAUAAACUAUACCUUCAGUGUAGAGAGUUUAUAUGCUUUGCCUUUUGCAGAAGUGCUACUGCCUGCCUUGUCACUUAAAAGGCGUAUAAAGGGGAUAUUCUGUUGUAAAUGGUAAUUCUUUCUUUUGUCUCAAAAUGAUGUAUAUAAAUAUGCAUGUUUUAUCUUCUGAAAAAAUUGAUAUAUUUAAUUUUUUAAAAUUGAAACUGCAUGUGCAGACUGUUAAGUGGUGUUAUUUUAAGCAGCACUUCAAACCGUUCAAUAAAAUGAGAUUAUC